CACAUCUGCAACAACCCACAAGCAAGCGUUGCAUAUUUGAAAUAAAGCAAAUAAACAUGUCAACUCUUGGUGCCACCACCCACGUAACAAAUGGUGUUACCUCUGUUGACUGCCAGAAACAAGUCCGGUCAUGGCGGCUUCUGCGUUCCCUUAUGGAACUCCUUAUUCCAAGCUGCAACUGCGCCUUCAUCGAAGACCAAGAAAUCAAACGUGAAAACUACCUUCAAAGAUGUAAUUACCCAAGGCCUGUUUACACUUCUUCUAGUGUGAUUACAGGUACCAUCUUUGGUUAUCGCAGGGGAAAAGUCAGCUUUUGUAUCCAAGCAAAUUCCAAGUCCAACCCAGUUCUCCUCCUUGAAUUUGCUGUCCCUACAGCAGUUUUGGCUAGAGAAAUGCAAGGAGGUAUCCUCCGAAUUGCGCUGGAGUGCAUCAGUUCAAGGAAUAGUGGGAAUUCUGAUUCAGUUUUGUCCAUGCCACUGUGGACUAUGUACUGUAAUGGAAGGAAAGUUGGCUAUGCAGUUACACGCAGGCCAUCAAAAGCUGAUAUGGAUGCUUUAAGGCUAAUGAGUUCAGUUGUUGUAGGUGCUGGAAUGAUUAGUGGAAAAGAACUUGAUCAUGACGAUGAAUUUAUGUACUUGAGGGCUAACUUUGAGAGAAUUUGUGGUUCAUCUGACUCUGAAUCUUUCCAUUUGAUUGAUCCUGAUGGGAACAUUGGUCAGGAGCUUAGUAUUUUCUUUUUCCGGUCACGUUGAUCAUGCUUCUGGUCUACCCACAGAUAGUUUUUGAUUUCAAGUCUAGUUGAGGGUUUCCUGAAACCAGUUUUUUAGCUCGGCCCCUUUUUUGAGCUGUGCUCAUUAGCAUAGCUUUACCAGCUUUUGUGUUUGAGAAAUAAUCUAUCUUUUAGGGGGCUCUGACUAUACUAUCUGUGUGGCCUGGUUAAGGAAACCAGAUUUCUGUAACUAUGACGAGAUCAUCAGGUUUAGCCAUGAAGCUUUUUUUUUUUCCUCUUCUACUUCAAAAUGAAACUAGUUUAUCCAUAUUUACCCAGAGGUUUCAACUUUCAAUGUUUUGGAUGAUCUGAAUGAGCUUUUCAAUCUGUCAUCAAGUACAUGCUGUUAACUACAAGACAGCGAAAGCACAUUCUGUUUCAGAAGAGCAAUGAUAUUUCCAUUACCCUGUGGGCAAGGCUGUCUCCAUAUGGCUGAUGCCCAAUAACCCGACCAUUCGACAAGCCAAAUAUCUUGAUUUCAAUACGCAAAAACAGUAACCUGACGUAUAUCCUUUUUCCUCCACGGGAUAACUUCUUUAAGGCUUAAUUAUUUAUGGAACUAUGACAAAGCAACGUGUCUCAUGCAAGCGUUUAAUAUGAACCAAGUAAGUUCAUAUAUAAAAACUGCCAUUUCCCAUCAUGAGAAUUCGAACAGUUCACACUCGCAACACACCAAAACACAAAAAACAUAUUAACAUCAUCAACAUGACCAUGACCUUUUUUUCAAUCAAUUGUUUAGCCUGAGCAACAAAACCCGAAUAUAUUUUCUUGUAUAUAUAGCUCCACUGCACCAGCAUAUGAUUUUUCUUGCAAUUGGUUGCAGCUGAAAAAUGGACAGCUGCCCAAAUCUGUUUCAAACCCAAGGAAUAUUUGAUGAACGUCAUUGAAUCAAAAAACAGUAAUAUUCCAAAGAAUAUAUGAUUCGAUAAAUAUUUCGAUUUGCAGUGAUCAUCCAGACUGUGAAGAAAAACAAAAGUGUCAAGUAUUAGAAAUCCGACAAGGAAAAGAUUACAAUCCUUUCUCAAUAUCGUCUUACUAUAUAUAUAUAUGUGUAUAUAUGUUUGUAUGAAUAUGUAGAUGAACACGUAGUUGAAAUGUGAGGUAGAGAUUUUUGUACAAUGGUGGGGGGUGGGGGCAAUUUCUUUUUCUCAAAAAAUGGGAGAAUGAGCUGUUUUUGAUUCCUUGUGUCGUCGGUUUGUAAAAGAGUUGGAUGACACCAGAGCGUGCGUGUGUAAAUGUUGUAAUCUGCACAUGAAAGGAGGAUUUAUAUUCUUGC